AGCCAAACAGAGUACGGUGCAUAGACUGGAUAUAAUUUUUUUCGUUGGUUUUCAUGGUCAAAAUGAGAGACCAGGUGGCCGAUCCUAAAAUAAAUCAAUAUUGAUUUUUUUUAUAGAGCGCUAAAGUUUUACGAAGCCAGGGGGCGGGACUACUUGAUCAACAGUCUGGUCUGGAAUGAUUGACAGGUCCUAUGGAGGAGGCAGCAGAGACUCUGCUCUCCUCGUUUGGAUUAAUUCUGAUAUAAUAACUGUUGGUUUAUUUAUCGGUGAAGCAGCAGAACAUUUUCCACAGACAGUUUUCCUGCCCGUUGGCUUGUUUUAACCAGUUUUCUGCCUUCGGCUGAUUCUACCAGCAGACACUGAAAGGACUCUGAUAGUUCGAGUGAAAGUAGCAGUUCCUCCUGAAGGUCAGAGAUUGCAGCAUCUGAGGGCCUCUUCAAAAGAAGACGUAGUUGAUGAAGGCGUUCUGGAGCAGGACCAGAAAGACCACGACCAAGCAGCCUUGAGAUCUUAGACAGCGUCUCCCUGAGCUGCCUGCAGUUCCCCGGGCCUCCAGUAGGCGGCUCCCAGGGCUCCCUCCGCCUGCGCCGGUGCAGCUGAUGGAGGACUGGAGGAUCCGCCGCCGAGCUGUCGGAGCUCCGACCCGGUCGAGAUGAACCCGUUCGACGGCUUCGGUUCCCCGCGACACGACGGGGCGGAGGAGGUGGCGGACGGCGGGGACAGCCGCUGUCCCUGGGCCCGCUUCUCCUCCUGGCUGGAGUGCGUCUGUGUCGUUACCUUCGACCUGGAGCUGGGGCAAGCCAUCGAGCUGGUUUAUCCUCAGGAUGUGAAACUCACAGAGAAAGAGAAAACCAGCAUCUGCUACCUGUCCUUCCCCGACUCCUACUCAGGAUGCCUCGGCGACACGCAGUUCAGCUUCCGGCUCCGUCAGUCGGUCGGCCGCAGAGCGUCCAAGCUCAGAGAUGACAUCUACAACAGGGACGCUCCGGUGACGCUACAGAGAGAAACGGCUCAUUUCUUCGGUUACGUCUAUUUCCGUCAGGUGAAGGACGUCUCUGUGAAGAGAGGAUACUUCCAGAAGUCACUGGUGCUGGUGUCCAGGCUGCCCUACACUCACCUGUUCCACUCCCUGCUACAGAUCAUCGCACCUGAGUUCUUCGAGAAGCUGGAGCCCUGCCUCGAAGCAGUGUGUAACGAGAUCGACCAAUGGCUUUCGCCCGUACCUGGACUGACCCUCAACCUGCCUGUCAUGGGUGUCGUCUUACAGGUCAGGAUUCCUUCAAAAGCUGAUAAACCAGGAGGAAGUCCAGUCCGACAGACGGCUAAAGAGAACCUCCUGCCGGCUCCGACGGUGCUGCCAACCAUCCAUGAGCUGGAUCUGUUCAGGUGUUUCCAGUCGGUUCUGAUCCACCUGCAGAUGCUCUGGGAGCUCAUGCUGCUCGGGGAGCCGGUAGUCGUCAUGGCGCCGUCUCCCACCGUCUCCUCGGAAACCGUGCUGGCUCUCGUCAGCUCCAUCAGUCCUAUGAAGUUCUGCUGCGACUUCCGUCCAUAUUUCACCAUCCAUGACAGCGAGUUUAGAGAGUACACCACCAGGACACAGGCCCCGCCGAACGUGGUUCUGGGCGUCACCAACCCGUAUUUCAUCAAAACCUUCCAGAACUGGCCUCAUAUCGUGCGGCUGGGAGAGAUCAGGAUGACGGGUGAUUUACCGAAACAGGUGAAGGUGAAGAAGCUCUCCAAGCUGAAAACGCUCGACACCAAACCAGGGAUCUACACGGCCUACAAGACAUUUCUGCACAAAGACAAGAUUCUCAUCAAACGACUGCUGAAGGGCAUCCAGAGGAAGAGACCGCCGGAGGUCCAGAGCGCCAUCCUGAGGAGACACCUGCUGGAGCUCACACAGAGCUUCAUCAUCCCAUUGGAGCGGUACAUGGCGAGCCUGAUGCCGCUGCAGAGGUCAGUGACGCCCUGGAAGACUCCUCCUCAGAUUCGUCCCUUCAGUCAGGAUGAGUUCAUGUCCACUCUGGACCACACCGGGCCUCAGCUCACCUCCAUGCUCAAAGGCGAUUGGAUGGGACUGUACAGGAAGUUCUUCAGGUCUCCAAACUUUGACGGCUGGUAUCGUCAACGACACAAAGAGAUGACGCAGAAACUGGAGAGUCUUCACCUGGAGGUGGUCUGUGAGGCGGACCUGCUGGGUUGGACCAAAGACAAGUCGGAGGUGGAAAUUGUGGAUCUGAUUCUGAAGCUCAGAGAGAAGUCGACUUUUCUCCCAGAAUGGAUGGAGAAGUUGGAGUUCUAUGAACACCAAUAUCUAGACUUCUAUGAACAUCUAGAUGUCUAUGAACACCAACAUCUAGACCUCUAUGGACACCAACAUCUGGACCUCUAUAAACACCAACAUCUAGACCUCUAUGAACACCUAGACCUCUAUGAACAUCUAGACGUCUAUGAACACCAACAUCUAGACCUCUAUGAACACCUAGACCUCUAUGAACAUCUAGACGUCUAUGAACACCAACAUCUAGACCUCUAUGAACAUCUAGACCUCUAUGAACAUGUAGACCUCUAUGAACAUGUAGACCUCUAUGAACACCUAGACCUCUAUGAACAUCUAGACGUCUAUGAACAUCUAGACCUCUAUGAACAUCUAGACGUCUAUGAACACCAACAUCUAGACCUCUAUGAACAUCUAGACCUCUAUGAACAUGUAGACCUCUAUGAACAUCUAGACCUCUAUGAACAUCUAGACCUCUAUGAACAUGUAGACCUCUAUGAACACCUAGACCUCUAUGAACAUCUAGACGUCUAUGAACAUGUAGACCUCUAUGAACAUGUAGACCUCUAUGAACAUCUACAACAGGUUCUGUUUCCGAACAAUGAGUCCACAUCAACACUUAGUCUAAACAUCUAAAAACUGGGACCUUGCCUGGUCAUUGUCUACUGAUGUUAGAGCCUCAGAAGUUGGAGAAAUUUCGACCAAAGCCU